AUGGCUGCAGCUGUUGCUAAUACAAAAGGUGAUGGAUCAAAUACUUAUCUUUUACUUGGACCAAUAGGUACAGGUGCUUUUGGAAAUGAUGUGACUAAGAUUGGAAACGUCUUUCGCAAAGUACUUACGUCGAAAUUGAUGGGUACAAAUGGUCCCAUUGCCAAAGCUUUUGAGAAUAUCUGGGGAAAAAGUGCAGGUUUGGAUCCUCAGCGCCGUCUCACCACCAUUUCAACACAUUUUGGUACUGGAACCGAAGUAAACGUGUGUGCAAAAAUACUUUAUAUUGAAGAAAGUAGAGAAAUAAAAACAAUGUAUCAUAUUCAAUUAAUAUGUCUAGUGAUGCAUCUUGUGUCAUUUUCAUAUUUAAUACAAUGUACACGUAUACCAGAUUCUAUUCUCGAUUUAAAUGAAGUCGCUUAUCAUGAUGAACCAUCGAAGAUUUAUCUUGGUUCACCAUCAAUUAUUCGUUUAUCAUCAGGUCGUCUUGUUGCUAGUCAUGAUUUCUUUGGUCCUGGAUAUGCAUUUCAACCAAGAAAUGUUUCAAUUUAUGUCAGUGAUAAUAAUGGUGAAACAUGGUCGUUUAUAUCAUAUAUAAAACAUAGUUAUUGGACAACAUUAGCCGUUUACAAUGAUAUAAUCUAUGCAAUAGGUACUGAUAGUGAUUCAAAUGCGAAUAUAAUAAUUCAUCGAAGUAGUGAUAGUGGUUUAUCAUGGAAUUAUAAUGGAAGUGAUGAUGGUGUUGUUUUAUUUCAUGGUUCAUUUGCAACAGGUCCAACACCAAUUGUUAUUGCUAAUCAAGUUAUGUAUCGUGCUAUUGAAGCUUGGCCAACACCUCGAUGGCCCACAGAUUUUCAAGCAGCUAUUAUCAGUUGUAAUUUAUCAAUAUCGAGUAAAUCGACAGAAGAUGAUCCUAUUAUGUCUCCAAAUAAUUGGCGAUUAACUCCACCACUUAUUUUCAAUAAGGAAUGGAUACCAAAAUCAUUUCCAAAUCUAAAUGCACCUGGAUAUUUAGAAGGAAAUGUUGUUAUAGUACCUAAACCAUCAUCAAAAGAAAUCCGUAUAUUAAAUGUGUUACGAUUUAAUUCGAUACCAUUAUCGAAUUUAGCUAUUAUCUUAGAAUUAAAUCAAACAACAAAUACACUUUCAUUUGUUUCAAUUAUAAAAUUUCCAGGUGGUAUGACUAAAUUCACAAUACGAUAUGAUCCAGUUACUGAAGCAUAUUUUUCAUUAGUAAAUCCUGUAACACAAAAUUUUGAUCCAACUCAACGUAAUAUAUUAAGUUUGUCGUAUACAAAAGAUUUAAUUCAUUUAAGUAAUUGGACUAUUGCUACUGAUCGUCUUUUAUAUGAUGAUACUGGUUUUACAGUAAAUGAUAGUCUUCGUUAUACUGGUUUUCAUUAUGUUGAUUGGCAAUUUGAUGAAUUAUCAUCAUCAUUAUUUGAUAGUAAAGCAAGUUGUAUUGAAUGGAAUUGUGAUGGUGGUCCUCAUAUUAUUUAUUUGAUUCGUACAUCUUAUCGCGGUGCUAAUUCAUAUCAUAAUUCAAAUCGUAUUACUUAUAAAGUAUUAAAAUAUUAUCGCAAGCUAAUUAAAUAA